AUGAGUCGUGAACCUAUUGUAACCCGUUCAAGAGCAGAUCAAAUUGUUAGUGAAACUUCAUUUGAUGAAUUUAACAAUUCAGAUAAUUAUAGUGACCAAGAGCAAGAAUCUGCUAAUGAAGAGUCUGAUUAUUUUGAUGAGUUUGAAAUAACUCAAAAUAAUAGAGACCUAAACUAUAUGGAUACGUCUGAUCAAGACCAAGAAAUUGAAAGCUCUGAUAUCGAGAUAAAUGAAAGUACUUCAUCUAAUACAAAUACUUUAUCUACUGUUAAUUCGAAUAAACAGUCAUUAUCUUCAUAUGUCUGGGACUUUUUUGUAAAACUUGAUACUAAACAAAGUCAAUGCAAACAUUGUAAAAGAAUAUAUAGUGAAAAAACAGCAACAAGUUCACUUGAUCGACAUAUUCAAACUCGCCAUAAAGGAUUAUUUAAUGACUUUCAGCAAACUACUUUAGAUCGUUACUUAUUUACUACACCAUACUCAAAUGAAAUUCAACAAAAAAAAAUUACUCUUUUAAUCAAAUGGAUUGUAGUUAACUUACAAGCUUUCAUGCUUGUAGAUAACUUAUAUUUUAAACAAUUCAUUUAUGAACUUGAUCCACGUUUUCGACUUCCUUGUAGACAAGUAGUUCAUGAUAAUAUUAUAUCUACAUUUAAAUCUCAAAGAGAUUUAAUUAAAGAUUUUAUUUUUAAACUUUCUUGUAAUAUUACAUUAACUACGGAUAUCUGGAGUUCCUGUACUAUGACUAGUUUUAUAGGCAUAACUUGUCAUUUUAUUGAUGAUAAUUGGGUUCUUCGUCAUAUUCUCUUAGAUAUUUUUGAAAUUCCUUCCCCUCACACUGGUCAAGUAAUUGCAAAUGCAAUUUUAUCACUUUUAGAGGAGUUUAAAUUAGAAAACAAAAUUUUAGCAUUAACUUCUGAUAAUGCUAGCAAUAUUAUUUUAGCUAGUAGUUUAAUUAAAGAUACGCUUGCUAAUAGUUUUUUAAAUACUUCAUUUCAGCACAUUCAUUGUGCUGCUCAUGUUAUGAAUCUUGCAGUCAAAGAAGGUUUAAAAUUAGCAAAUAUUCACUUAAUUAAGCUUCGUUCUUUUAUUAGGAAAAUUCGCAAAUCAGUACUUUUAAUUGAGGAUUUAAAGCGUAUAUCAGCUUCUUUUUAUCAGACUUUUUUGCGUCCUAUUAUUGAUUGCAAAACUAGAUGGAAUAGUACUUUUAUGAUGAUCGAUCGUGCAUUGAUCUUGCGUAUUAAUUUGGAUUCUCUUGUUGACCUUCGUAAUUGUUUAAAACCAUUUAAUACCGCAACAGAGAUACUUUCAAAAUCUAACUAUCCAACAAUUGCUGAUUUACGUCUUAUUAUCUCAGGUUUACGUAAUCAUCUUAAUACUUAUAAUGUUAUUCAUCAAAGUUUAAAUUUAGUAUCAUUUAAAAUUAAAGAAAAAUUAGAUGAAUACUGGCCGAUUAUACAAGAAACUAGUAAGAUUGCUGCUUUUUUUGACCCACAUUUUAAAAGAUUAGUUUAUAAUGAACAAUCAAUAGACGAAAUAUUAGCUCCAAUUUAUGCAAAUCUUCCAGUAAAUAUUGAAGCUACAGUUCAACCUUCAUAUAUCUCAAAGCGUCGUCAGUUUAUUCAAGAGUAUACUGGAACAUUUAUGCCAAAUUCAACUUCAGACUCAGAUGAGCUUGUUCGAUAUUGGGAAACAAUUCCUCCACCCGAAGAAAUUUUUGUCUGUGAUUGGUAG